GAUGUUCGCCCCGUGCAAUUCUCUCCGACUUCCUUUACGCUCUAACGUGAAACUAAUUUGUGUGCGAGUCCGUUUCGUGUCUCUUUUUAGACUUAAAAAAUGCGUUACGUGGCCGCAUACCUCCUCGCCGUCCUCGGUGGAAAUGAUUGUCCUACAAAGGCUGACCUUGAAAAGAUUCUUGGCAGCGUCGGUAUUGAGGCUGAAGCUGAAAAGAUCAACAAAAUCAUCAGCGAAUUGAAGGGGAAGGAUGUUGAAGAAGUAAUGGCUGAAGGUCGUACCAAACUCGCAAGUGUACCAUCUGGUGGUGGUGCUGCUGCUGCAGCAUCUGGUGCUGCAGGAGGCGAUGCCCCAGCUGAAGUUAAGGAAGAAGCCAAGAAGGAAGAAUCCGAAGAGGAGUCAGAUGACGACAUGGGCUUCGGUCUUUUCGACUAAGCUGUAAAUAAUAUCAAUACAAAUAAGAAAAUGAUAAAGACUCAACAA